ACUUUAACUAAUUUUACGCACACGCGGCAGUUCUUGGUGUUUAGUGCAAAUUUAUCUUAAGCUUUUCUCAUUUUUGUUUCCUCCUUCACACAAGGAACGUGCUGAGGUAGUGAAUCAUCUGUUAAAUGGACGAGCUUUGUCCGUCUCGCCGCUUUCUACUGUCUUUCUGCAGUUAGUGAAAAUCCCGUCGUAACUGUUAAAUGAAACCAUGUCUUGACCACAGUACGCUGCAGUUCUUCCUAACAGGCAGAGUGUUCCGGAGGCGAGUGGGCAGCGGUGGCAUGCGUCUGGGCAGUAGCUGGAGGUGGCUGCUCUCCCGGGCAAUGAAACUGGCGCUGCGCUGGUGCCGACCGUGCCGCCUGCAGAAAGGUGGCUGGGUUGGAGGCAGCAAAGGGCUGAUUGGCCACAGGUUGUCGAAGCUUUGGAUGUACAUUAAGCUGCUGCUUCGCUCCCUGUAUUACAACAGCCUCACCAACUCUGACACGCUGCUGGACUGUGCAUUUGAACCGGUGUACUGGAUUGUGGACAAUGUUACCCACUGCUUUGGAGUGGUGUUUGUGUGCUUAGUUGUCCUGCUAACGUCCUCCGUUGUGAUCAUCGUCUACCUGUUUGUCCUACCAACAAUCUUCACCACUUACCCCAUGCACUGGACCGCCUGGCAUCUCUGCUGCGGCCACUGGCUUCUCAUUCUGGUGGUCUUCCAUUACUACAAAGCAACCACCACCACCCCUGGAUACCCACCCAAGGAUAAAUGUGAUGUUCCCUCUGUUUCCAUCUGUAAGAAAUGCAUUACACCCAAACCACCAAGGACCCAUCACUGCAGCAUCUGCAACAUAUGUAUUCUGAAGAUGGAUCAUCACUGUCCCUGGCUGAACAACUGUGUGGGCCACAUGAAUCAUCGAUACUUCUUCUCCUUCUGCCUCUACAUGACCCUGGGCUGCAUCUACUGCAGCAUCAGCAGCAGGAACCUGUUUCUAGAGGCUUACAACGCUAUAGAGACUUCCUUUCAGACUCCUCCUCCAGAUCACAGCCCUCGUGAAAGUGUUGCUUAUAAGUGCAUCAUCUUCCUCUGGGUUCUGACCAGCUCGGUUGCAGUCGCUCUUGGAGGUCUCACCCUGUGGCACGCCAAGCUCAUCAGCAGAGGUGAGACCAGCGUGGAACGCCACAUUAACCGCAAGGAGGCCAGAAGGCUUCAGGAAAAGGGGAAGGUGUUCCGAAACCCAUACCAUCAUGGGAGACUGAACAACUGGAAGUUAUUUUUUGGAGUGGAAACAAGGAGUCACUGGCUCACACGGGUCCUCCUACCCUCCAGCCAUCUUCCCAGUGGGGACGGCAUCACGUGGGACUGCACCUUCACCAGAAGCGACCCUGUGGCCAUCUAACCUUUUUGUUCCCCCUAUAUCCGAAAUGACUCACUCCCACUAGUGACGGGUUGCUCAUUUCAGAGAGAAGUUCCCGGCCUGCCAUAGGCUAUUUGCUUGAAACGGUUUGGCGGUGAAGGUGCAGCUUGGCUCUGUGCACUGAAUACUAGGAACUAAAUGUGACUCAUUUAUUUAGGAUCAGUUGUCAUAUCCUGUCACAAUUGGUCUGGCCUGAAGACUACACAGCUGCUGCUGGCCAGCAUCUGAAUCAGAGCAUCAUCACUGUUUGCUUAUUCAGAGGAAGCACAUUUUAAAUGUCUUGUUUGUUGUAACUGUGGGUUGUGAACUGGGGGCAGAUCCAAGUGUUUAGUAAGUUUGUGGGAGAUUCAUUUAGUUUCUUGUGAUAAACGUGAUCAUGUUUACUUGCUGUUGUAUGUUUUGAGGAGAGUGAUGGAAUGUUAUUUAGCACUACUGACCCAUUGUCUUCUGGUGCCAAAGAAAGAAAAAAUGAUGAACUUCAUACAUUUCAGCAGUUCAGGAGAAGAGUGAACAAAAACAACUCACUUGGUCAUCAUUCUUUGACUCAUUUAUCAAGUCUUUUUUUGCUUGUUCGGUCAGUUUCAAUUAGCAAAUGAUGCACUGUGAAAGAAUUCAUAUUAGCAUCUUUCAUUUCAGUGCUUCUAUUAGUAACUUAAGCUGGAUUUGUAAUUGCCUUACAGAUAUGACAAAGGAUUCUGAUGUAAUCAGUAACCAAUAGGAGCUGUGCUCCAGUUUCGCCCUUUUUUAAUAAAACAAGUUUUGUUA